GUCAGAAACAGCACACAAGCAUCGCCACGUAAUUACGGACUCCUAUUAUGGUCCAUCUACCCUCCCAGGAGUCUCAGAGUUUCAUUUACUCCCCGGCUGGUUCAGGCAGCAUCCGCAGCGUGCCAGCGUGCGCCUCAUUUGAUGUGCCAGAGCAAGAGAGAAGCAGAGACUGAGAGAAGCAGAGAGAGAGAGUGAAGGGAAAGCAAGAGAGAGUCGACUGAUUCUCACUGAGAAAAAGCAAUAGUUCCAAGAAAGGUGCCUUAGCCAUUGCAGAGUCAGUUUCCCAGUGCGUUCAGCCCUGAGCUGAGCCAGCUUUACGCACACACGAGCGCAUCUGUUCGGCAUCAGUUAAGCUCAGUCAGUUGCGACCGUGAGUCAACAGGAGUGGGAAGUGGGGAGGACUUUUUAAGAGGACUUCUUGAAAACCCAGAUGCAGGACGCUGUGAUUUUAUAUGGAGACUCUAUUUGUUGUUUAUGCGCGUGUAUGGAUGGACCGGAUGCGUAGAGAUUUGUGAUCGAGGGAAAACAAACAAGGGGAAAAGCUUUUUUCUUCUAUCUGUAGAAGUUUGGUUUACUGCCGCUGCUGCGUCUGGAUGUGAGCAGCAACUGUGCUUUGCUUGGAAAACUGAGGUUUCUCCGGCUGGUUUGUAGGCGCUGUUCCUGUUCGUGCGUUCUAUGUGCAAGGAUACAUUUGGCUCGCUUAUUAUUAUUGCUCAGUUUUUUUCUACUGUAUCCUAUUUGCGUCAUGACUUCUAGCUAUGCACAUGUAAGGGACAGGCAAGCAACGAUAUCAAAUCGCUUGGAGAGUCCGAUUACAUCGAAUCUGGAAAACCUUCAAGCCAAAAAGAACUUCUCCGUGAGCCACCUGUUGGAUCUGGAGGAGGCCAGGGAAAUGGUUGGGACACAGGCGGACGAGAGUGUCGGUGAGGCAGGGAGGAAUAUGCUGGAGUCCCCGGGGCUGACCAGUGGGAGCGACACCACCCAGCAGGAGAAUGAGCAGCUGAACGCAGAGGAGAAGAAGAAGAGGAAACAGAGGAGGAACAGAACUACGUUCAACAGCAGCCAGCUGCAGGCUCUGGAGAGGGUGUUUGAGAGGACACACUACCCCGACGCCUUCGUCAGAGAGGACCUGGCACGCAGGGUCAACCUCACAGAGGCACGGGUGCAGGUGUGGUUUCAGAAUAGAAGAGCAAAGUUUCGUCGGAACGAGCGAGCCAUGUUGGCCAGCAAGAACGCCUCGCUCCUUAAGUCCUACUCUGGGGACGUCACGGCCGUCGAGCAGCCCAUCGUACCCCGUCCGGCCCCCCGCCCAAAUGACUACCUAUCCUGGGGCAGUGCCUCUCCUUACAGUGCCAUGGCAACCUACCCCCCCACAUGCUCCAACCCCAAUACAUCCCAGGGAAUGAACAUGGCUAACAGCAUCGCCAACCUGCGGCUCAAAGCCAAGGAGUACAGCUUGAACCACGUGCCCACGGUCAACUGAGGAGAGAGGGGGGAGAGAGAGGCUUCAUGGUGGGGCUGGGGUCUCUCUCUCUCUCUCUCACAUGUCUGUCCCACACAGACAGACAGUAAGACCCCUGCCUGGCCCCCACAGGGAUGAUUAAGAUCUGCCCUCCAUUUUAGCUUGAAGUCUCCUCUCGUUCCGGAGCUAUAGCGAUGGACCUGCUUCCUAUACUGUCCGCAAACCUGAAGCAUCUGAUGAGAAAGCAAGCGACGCGGGGGAAUCAUGAGAGGCUGUUUCUGUGAGCCGCGUCUCUCCUAUCCUGAGCAUCGCUGAACUGUCGCUGUCUGUACUAACCAAUUAAACAAAAGAGAUCAACCAAUUAAACCAAAGACAUCUAGACUGGGACUGGAUGCUGUAGCAAAUGACUGUUUUUAUUCUUUCUUUCAAUUUGGUUUUGACUGAAUGAAAGGCUAGUCUCCAAAGAUAUGGAAAUCCUGACAGAAUCAAUCUGACUGUCAGGCUGUCAGUGUCCAUUUCUAGUUUUAUUCACAGUCGAGACCACAGUGACCACUUCCUUGGGGUGAGGAGGAGAUGAGGAGGAGACACCAGGAUGGACGACUUUUCAAAUGGAGUUUCCUGUAUUUUUAUUAUAGAGCAUUCAAUAGGAUUAUAACAGCAGAAUGGGAUGAGUAACUUCCUGAUCAACAACAACAACAACAUCAACAAGGACUUAUCCUUGGGAGGUUACAAACAUUUAUACGUUUUAAUAUUUUUUCUUCUCACAUUUCUUUCCAUUUUAUUCCACUGACAAGCAAACAUUUUUCCUGACGCAUUUUGAUUCAUAUAAUGCCAUGGUACACUACACAGGAAAGGCUAAUGUAACCUAUUUCUGAAUCCAAGACCGUAGUUUCGCUUCAUCUUUGUAUGAUAUUCUUUAUUUGUAACAGAUAAUCAUGUAUAUUAAUAAACUCAAGCAAAGUAAUGCCACUGUGUCAGACUUACACGGUUGAAAGCUAUUUGAGGGUUGCACUAUCCAGCCACAAUAUCUACAUGAGAUUUAAACUAUUUAAAUAGAAAGAUGUGGAGGCCGCUUUUAGAGUAUCUAGAAUUUAUUAAUAUUUAGAAUUUAUUAAUAUUUAGAAUUUAUUAAUAUUUAGAAUUUUAGAAUAUUUAGAAUUUUAGAAUAUUGGCAGUUAUUUUUAGAAUACAAUGUGUUGACCAAAGGGAAUCAUAUCAAAUGUAAUUUACCAAAGUUCAAUCAGGAAGGCCGGUGUGAAAGCUUGUUUAACUUCAUCCAGGAAGCAUAACAUAAUUCACUCUGUUUCCUAUUCUAUGGGCAUAGUGUCUUGUUUCUUCUCCUCUUUCCUAUUAGCCACGUGCAGAAUGACAUUCACCUAUUGACCCUAUAGCCUAUAAGCACGGCACCAUUAUGCACAUUCCUCACGCUUGAUGUUUAACCUAUGGGCUCACUUUUGCAAUUAUCACCUUCCUCUCGCUCAACCAAUAUGGGUCGUAAGUCUAGGGAUGUAUUCAUAUGUCAACUUAUCUUCCUUCUCUCACUUGCUGUUUUUCAGCAACAGUUUUCAACAACCAUUCACCUCCCCACCACCAGCAGCUAUAAUAACCUUAAGGUGCGUCAUUGUAACUCCUUUACCCCAGCGGCGGGUUCGAUGCCCGGCCAGUAGUCCCGCAUAGCUACCUGCCAUUACAUCUGGCUCUGAGGAUCUUCCCUCGGAGAUGAGGCCAUUCUCCAAACUAUUGAAUAAAAUGUAAUAUUGCA